GGUUUGAUUUUUAUUACACGAUGCUAUUCCUUCACCGUGGAAGUCAAUCGUGAACAUUUGUUAACACUCUAAUAGCUAACAGGUGAAUGAAUAAUUGUCAAAAAAUUACGUAAUUCAUGAUAAAUACAUGCGUUAUCAAAUUUAGUGAUUUCUAUUUAACAAAAAACAGUGCAACGCAAUGAACGUGAUUUGAUUAGUCAAACUUUUAGAUAAAAAUCUUUUUGUUUUUGAACGGUGAUAAGACGAGCGACUUUUGUUGAUUUUCGUACUAGCCGUUAAUAUGAAGCGAUGUUUUCGACUCUGAUUUCUUUAUACGUAUCAUAGACAAAGUUUUUUUUUUAAAGUAACCGAUUUGCAUGCUCAUACAGACAAUAAUAAUGUACGUGAAAAAAAUGAUCUGUAAAUUUAGAAGUGUUUUAAGGGUAGUCGUAUUGUUUUUAUUGUUCGUGAAUGUAAGUGGAUGUAACUUAGGAUUGGACUUCCUAGCAGAAGAUUUACUAGCAGCCUUGGGUCCAAUAUUGGCCUCUACAUCAAACAUAUUUGGUGAUAUAUUUAAAACACAUUCCAUAGAAGAAGAGGACGGCCCUAUUACUCCUGAUCUGAUCACCGAGUGUUUGAAAUGUGGUCGCGAGCUGGCCCGCAGUUCGAAAGAGCGCGGGAAUAAGCUCGUGAAGAAUGGUAUCAACCUGGAGGCGUAUUCACCAUCGCUGCUACACUUCUUCUCCCCUUCUUACUCAGCUGAUAUAAAUAAUGCAGUGGAAGUGUCCCAUGAGAUUCUUAGUUCAACGAAAGUGCUUCAGACGAAGUUAUGCGCGUGCAGUGAUGUUACGCCAAACACGUUUAUGGCAUUCUUGGAGAACCAGGUUAUUAGAAUCCAAGAUCCAACCCUCGGCAUGCCCUCAACCAUUAUCUGCGGGAACGCCAAGUACCGCACAACAGAUGGCAUUUGUAACAACGAGCGACACCCUUACUGGGGCAGGAAGGGCGCGUGUUUUACUAGAAUAGCUAACCCUAGAUACGGCGAUGGUAUUUAUUCGAUGCCGCUGGCGAGAAGUGGCCGAGAACUUCCCAACCCUCGUACACUCUCAACUCGUCUCUUCACCGACCGAUGUAUCCCUAGUCGGGUAUUCACUCACGCCAACAUGCAAUGGGGUCAAUUUAUCACUCAUGACAUGGUCUCUAAAGCUGUGGAAGUCACUGACGAAGGCGGUAUACAGUGUUGUCUUGGUGACGGCCAAGGAGUCCUACCACCGGAGUGGCUGAACGAUAAAUGCAUACCGAUCAGCGUGCCCGACGAUGACCCAUUCUACCGGUCUUAUGGCAUUAAGUGCUUGAAUAUGGUGCGCAGUAUCACCGCUCCAAGAGAAGACUGUACAUUAGGACCCGCUGAACAGAUGAACGCAGUGACCAGUUUCCUAGACGGCUCAACGAUUUACGGCUCGGACAAGAAAACCUCAAUGAAGCUUAGAAGCAAGAAAAACGGGAAACUUCGACAAGUCAACAAGAAGGACUCUUGUCGUGGAUUUCUCCCGUCGGUCGACGACAAAUCGACCUCAUGCGACUUGAGGAACUCCUCGGAGCCGUGCUACUUUUCAGGUGACCUCCGCGUAAACCAAACUCCCACCUUGGCCAUGCUGCACACACUAUUCCUGAGAGAGCACAACAGGAUAGCGGAUAUUUUAAGCGAACUGAACCCGUUGUGGAGCGACGAAAAACUGUAUCAAGAGACGCGAAAGAUCGUUAUAGCUGAGAUACAACAUAUCACUUACCAGGAAUGGCUGCCGGCUAAUUUAGGUGAGAACUACGUUCGAUAUUACCGCAUAUCUCCGUCGAGCCUGUACAGCAGAGACUAUAACGAGGACGUGAAUCCCGGUAUUAUCAAUAGCUUCGGAGCGGCCGCAUUUCGUUUCAUGCACUCUGUCGUACCAGACACGAUCAUGACCUGUCCCUCUGGCUAUAAUGCCGCCUAUUUACACAGAUUAAGUGACCACUAUUUUAACCCAAGCAUUCUAGAAACAUCUUCGGAGGCCUUCGACGAUGUCGUCAGAGGCUCAGUGUGUCAUUACUCGGCCGAGGCGGACCCUUUUGUCAGUGGCGAAUUAACUAAUUUAAUGUUUAAAUCGUAUAAUCGAUGGGGUCUGGAUUUGAUUGCUACGGAUAUACAGCGAGGUCGGGACCAUGGGCUGGCUUCUUAUAACGAUUACAGGGAAAUCUGUGGCCUUCGAAAGGCGAGGUGUUUCCAAGAUUUAGCGGGAGAAAUCACACAAGACCGUAUCAACGCCCUGGCCCGUCUCUACGAGUGCGUGGACGACAUAGACUUGUUUGUCGGCGGAUCUCUGGAACGCGACGUUCAGGGUUCGAUAUUCGGUCACACUUUUCACUGCAUAGUCGCUGAACAGUUCUACAGAACGAGAAUCGGCGAUAGAUUCUUCUACGACAACGGAGAAAUGCCUCAUUCUUUUAGUUCAGAUCAACUGAAAGAAAUAAAGAAAACUUCUCUGGCCCGUGUAAUUUGCGACAACACCGACGGAGUCUACUACGUUCAGAAGAAGGCCUUCGAGCUGGAAUCUACGUACAACCCCAAAUAUAGAUGCGACGACUAUGAGGCCAUACCUUACGUGGAUCUGACGGCGUGGAAGAAACAAAUUUUAGAUUUGUUCGAUUGAACUAUGGAGGAUAGAGGUAAAGAGCACCAUCUUGUAUAUGAGACAAGUUGAAAAUAUGUCCAUAUGUAAACAAUAAGUAUUGUUGGAGGACUCAUCGAAAUAUCGCUAGUGUAGCAAGUGGAAAUGAUAUGAAUAUCGCAGUUUUAAAUAAAGUGAAGUCGUCGAACCCGUCGCUUGCGACGAAGAGCCUAACGAGCGAAU